UUUGACACCCACCGUUUCUCUGUCCUCUGCACGCAGUCAAGUACCUUGGAUUUUCUGCUAUUAACAGGGAUAUUCUUACUAACAAAGCUGCAACCCAGAGUACUACCUGAGGCAAAGACACAGCACGAAAGAAAAGUCUGACUUAGAGCUGAAAACGUUCUUCAACAGAUAUGAUCAAGUGGGUUAUUCAUCUUUGUGCUUGUCUAAAUGUAAUCUCAGGAUCAUUUGAUUACAUGUAUGAUGACAGCUCUUUCCUUGAUCCAGCAGAUGUGCUGAAUGUGAACAUACCUCUACAAAGCCCCCAACGGCCAUUACUUGGAGGCACAUUAAUACUUCCAUGCCACUUUGAGGACCACACUAUUAUAGACCCUGGAGCGCCCAAUAUCGCUCCACUUUCUCGUCGCAUCAAAUGGAGCUUCAUUACCAAAGACAAGGUCUCAACAAUUUUAGUUGCUUUGGAGGGAGAAGUGCGUAUCAGCGAGAGCUACCUGGACAGGGUCCAUCUGGUGGGCUACCCUUUGACCCCAACAGAUGCUAAUAUCAUGAUAUCUGAGUUAAGGUCCAGUGACUCUGGAGUCUACCGCUGCGAGGUUCAACAUGGUAUUGAAGACAAUCAUGAUGAUGUCCGUGUGAAGGUGCAAGGUAUUGUUUUCCACUACCGGCCCAUUAUUGGUCGCUACAUGAUGACCUUUGAAAAGGCAAGAGAUGCAUGCACCCAGAAUAGUGCAGUCAUGGCUUCACCUGAACAACUCCAAGCAGCUUUUGAUGAUGGAUACCACCAGUGUGAUGCUGGUUGGCUUUCUGAUCAGACAGUGAGGUAUCCAAUUCAUGAUCCUCGUGUCAACUGUCAGGGUGACAAAGAAAAUGUACCCGGCGUUAGGACAUAUGGAAUGAGACAACUCAAUGAGACUUAUGACGUGUACUGCUUUGCUGAAAAAAUGACAGGCAGGGUUUUCCACAUUACAUCAGCAGAAAAGUUCACUUUCUCUGAGGCUGAGCUGGCUUGUUCCACAAAGGGGGCCAUACUGGCCACUACAGGCCAGCUGUAUUUGGCCUGGCAGGGAGGGAUGGACAUCUGUAAUGCUGGGUGGCUGGGUGACAGAAGCGUUCGCUACCCCAUCAACAUCCGGCGGCCACAGUGUGGGGGAGGGCUUCUGGGGGUGCGAACUGUUUACCUCCACACAAAUCAGACAGGAUAUCCUCUUCUUCAGGCUCCGUAUGAUGCCUUUUGCUACACAGAGUUCCCUGAAGAUGAAGGAACUGGCCUAAUAGAGGAAGGAAGUGGCUUAUUGAGCGUUACCCCAGUGGUACAGAGCCAUGAGGUUUUCUUUGGCAAGCGAACAACCGAGAGUGAGGUGGCCGGCGGGGUUGAGACCCAGCAACCGACCAUUGUGGACUUUAGCUAUACACUGAGUCCCAGUGAACUACUGCUACCUCAGCCACCGAACGUCACAGACAUUCCCACUGAUAUAAUAGAGCAAGUCACUUUGCCAUCCAAUCUAGGCAGGGAGCCAGGCAAAGUGGGUGUGAUCGCUCCAAAUGCAGACAUUGUAUUUAUUGCAAAUGAAACUGGACUUAACAUCACGGAUAUCCAGGAUGUCCUUCCCAAAUUAACAUCUAUCACAGAGUUAGUGAGACUUGUGAUUACACCAAUUGUCACACCCAUCCCUGUGGAAUCUCCAGGCUCUGGUUCAGGUUCAACAAAUUUUGGAUCAGGGUCUUCAAUUGAUAACACAUCUGGAGACCUGCCUGGGUCUGGUAAUCAGGUUAUCUCUGGAGAUAUGUCCAGAUCUGGAGUCCGGUUGACCUCUGUUGACCUGUCUGUAUCAGGAGACAGGGGCUUUUCUGGAGAUCUGUCUGGCUAUGGAGACAAACUUAUAUCUGGGGAUGUAUUAGACUUCGGAAGCCUGUCUGAUUCUGUCAACCAAGGUUCCUCUGGAGACCUCUCUGGCUUUUUGAGCUUGUUUAAUUCUGUAGACAAGGUCAUCUCCAAAGAAUUGGAUGGUUCUGGGGACAUGUCUGGCUUAGGAGAUCAAUUUAUGUCCAGAGACUUGUCCGGCUCUGGAAACACGGUGGGCGGUACUAGUACUGACAAGCCUCAUGGUACAUCAGGUGUUACCAGUGCUGAUUCUUCUAGGUCAGGAAUCAGUGGAGAACAAGUAAUCAGUGCUGUUUUGUAUUCUAACAAUGGCACUGAUCUAUCAGGAGAAGACACCAUUUCAGAGAGGUUCCAAAAAGCUGAAGAGGCAGUCACAGAAAUUCAUAUAAAUAUAAAUUCUUCAGAAAUAGGUUCAGGAAUGCUUAGUUGUAGUAGAGACCAACCUGGAUCUGGCCUUGAUCCUGGUUUCACCUCUGAAGAGAUUGAUCUUUCCAUGGAAUCUUCAGGGGAAAAUGGUCAGUUCUCUGGCAUAUCAUCUGGUCAUAUAAAAAGCCUGGACUUUUCUGGUGGUCUCCCAUCAGGGCUCUCCGAUUCAGGAAGUGCCAGUGGACAAUCAGGGCACAUUACUGGAGCUGGAGAUGCUAAGAUCUUGCUGAUAGAUAAUGAAUUGAUUGACACAUUUGCUCCUAUUCCCCAAAAAGAGUAUGAGCUUGGAAGGGGACUACUGGUUUUCAGUGGCUCCGGGGACAGUUAUGGGAUGCCCACACAUGAUCUCAGUGGCUCGGCUUCUGGAAGUGGUUCUAUGUUCUUCUCAGAUGUGACCUUUGACGGGUCAGCGUUCACUGACCUCACAGAGUCAUCAUUUGGGGAGCAAGAAGCCUCUGGCUUUUCACUCUCCAACUCAGGAGAGGCCAUUCCUGAGCAUUUGUCAGGAGUUCGCUCCUUGGAGCCCUUAUCUGGGGCUGCAAUGUCUGGAGAAGGUGACAGUGUUACAUUAUUGAGUGGCGAUGUUAUGACAGGAGUGUCUAGAAACCUUACGGUGUCUGAGGAGAUUCAACAAGGGACAGUGCAAUACAUCGGUGAAGAAAUCAACAACAGUGGCAGAGGUUUCCACACUGAGAGUAGAGGUGUCAUCAUGUCAAUUCCUUCAGAAACUCAGAAAGAAGGGCCAUCACAGGUUAUGACAUCACCCUCCACUCAGUGGGAAUUAAUAGAGACUGCCACAGUGACUAAUGUUCCAAAGAGACUAUCUUGGGCUCUUGCUUCUAAGCUUGUCCCAGCUGGACUAUCUGCUCUUCCCAAUGUUAUUCCACCGGUUAAUGGAAGUCAAGAGGAUGCUGAACACGCUCAGGAAUUAGAUGCUUGCCACUCCAAUCCAUGUGCCAAUGGAGCUACCUGUGUGGAGAAUGCAGACUCUUACAAAUGCGUUUGCCUGCCAAGCUACGGAGGGGAGCGCUGUGAGAUUGAUGAACAGCGGUGUGAAAAGGGUUGGACUAAGUUUCAGGGGAACUGCUAUCUGCACUUCAGUGAUCGAGAGAUGUGGCUGGAUGCUGAGCAACGCUGCCGGGAUCUGAAUGCACAUCUGGUCAGCAUCAUAACACCAGAGGAGCAACACUUUGUCAACUCCAAUGCACAAGACUAUCAGUGGAUCGGACUCAAUGACAAGACAAUAGAAAAGGACUUCCGGUGGACAGAUGGGACUCCACUGCAAUAUGAAAACUGGAAGGCAAAUCAACCAGAUAAUUACGUUAACUCUGGAGAAGACUGUGUCGUGAUGAUCUGGGAUGCCAAGGGUCAGUGGAAUGAUGUACCUUGCAACUACCAUCUACCAUUCACCUGCAAAAAAGGCCCAGUGUUUUGUGGUGCCCCUCCAUUGGUGGAAAAUGCUCAUAUGUUUGGUAACAAAAGGGAGGAAUACCCCAUCAACUCAAUCAUCCGGUAUCAGUGCAACCCAGGAUUUAGACAGCGCCACCUCCCAGUGGUCCGCUGUAAAACAGAUGGACAAUGGGAGACACCCCAGGUGGAGUGUACUGAUGUGAAAGCAAGACAAAGAAAUCACAAGAGGGGCAACAGCAGUGCAGUUGAAUCAACCCCUGCCAGCAACUUUGAUGAGUAAAAAAAAAAAAAAAAAAAAGCAGACAAACUUUUAAAAGAAUAUUUACAGCACUCAAAAAUGCAUUUUAAAUAUAUAAUAGCAGAUACAUACUUUGUUUAUCUCAAUUUUUUUUGGAAGAUAUUUCUGGUGAAGGACACUGGGAGUAUUUGAAUGGCUUAAAAAUUCAAAGACACGUUUCUGCACAAAAGAUCCACAGGGAAGUUGCCAUCCCUCGGCAGUUUCAUAAAUCUUGAUUGGUAUAGUUUAUUAAGGUAUGGUUAAAAGUGGUUACCGUUAUUAGGCACAAGAUUCGAAAGAACUCAUUGCAAUUUCUGUUCUGCAAAACUGUAAGUGCUUUCAGUCAAUGAAUGCAUUCGAUAAAUGGUUGUAAGCCUUCGUUGCACUCUCAGUUCUCAGCAUUAGUAUCAACUUACAGAGAAAUUUUAAAUGUAUGGAUUCCAAAAUUGUAACAUAAAUAAUGUGACAGCACUCGCAAAGCUGCCACACAAACAAGCGCACCUACACUGUCUGCACCUGUAUUGUUAUAGUCAAACUCUGACCAAACAACAGUAAAAUCAAUAACUAAUAAUGUUACAUUUUCUGGAAAGUGCAUUAAGUGGAAGAAACUUACAAAUCAACUCAAACGUAAUUGUUUAUUUAAUAACUCUCUCACCAUGAUAUUGUUUGAUUUGGUUUAUUCAUAAACUCACCAUUAUAUUGUCUGUUUAUGUCAUGCAUAAUCACAGUGAUUUUAUUUGGUUUGGCAGAGAGUGUAAAAAAGACAAUACAGUAUUAGGAAAUAUUUAAAAUAACCUAAGCCAUCGAAAGAACCCUGUCAUCAUUUAUACCCGAGUUAAGACUAAUCACACACUUUUAUUUAUGAGUUUCACAGUGAGUGUCUGCUGCACUGAGCCGGUAAUUAAGAGACACGAGAAUUUGAAAAAGUUGUAUGAACCCAGAGCAACACACAGAAACGGUGAGUGAUUUUUAAGUCACUCCUUAUGUAAAGACGAUUACGACUUUUGACUUUUCAUCCAACUGUUUUUGUUUUGUUGGCUGGACUGUGUGUGUGUUGUUUUUUUUUUUUUGUUUUGUUUUUUUUUUUAGCUUAUUUAUCACCUUCCACAUGGCUGUGCAGUGCACAGCUCCUCUGCAUCAUGAGUUGGAAAAUUAACCUGUUGUCUGUUUCAUGUUUGUAAUUUAAAGGAGACUUCGAGGACACUUUUUUUUUUUUACAAUUUACAACACUUUCCAUAUGUCAUAAUAACAUGUCUGUGACAUGCUUUUAUCAAAACACUCCAAAGAACAAGAAUUACUGGUCACGUUGAACCCUAUUAUUGAAGGGGUCAGUCCUGUGUCAUGAAAAUGAGAUCCUCCUCACCCUGGUGAGGGGUUGCGAAAGGGCGAGGGGUUACUAUUUGCGGGCAGUGGCAGCCCUGAGUGUCAAGAAAGGAAAGCAUCACGAUUUGAAGAUCAAUUGUAUUUUCGCUCGUGGAGGCAGCUCCUCAUCACUGUAUCUCACAUGGCAAUGUCAAUUGCCCGGUUUAUUCUGUCUGUUUUUAUUUUUACACUGUUUUCUUUGAUUCUUUUUCUUUAUUUUGGGGGCUGUGCCUUCUCCACAUAAUGUCAUCGACUUGUUACAUGUUAAGAUUCAUAUUGUUUUGACGUUGGGCAGACCUGCUGAAACAGUUCUAUCCAUUUCUUUCAAAAAUAAAACUGACUGCGUGCUUCACAA